UUCAACAUCCAAGAUGGCGAUGGCUAGAGUGAUUUUUUUAGGCUUCGCUAUUGGCCUAAGUUUUGGCAUUUUCACCACCUACGUAGCUUUAGAUUAUUAUAGAAGUGGUGGAUCGCUUAAUAGUUAUUUAAGGCACGAGAAAUUCAGUCAAAGUGGUGCUCAUUUUGUGGAGUUUGACGACGAUGACGAAGUCCAUGGAACCCACUCGAGUGGAACUAAAAGAGUACGUCUUGUUCCGUCGAUGAACUUUGAUAAAGACAUGAACGACAAGCAUCAUAGACUAAGUCAAAAUAUUUCUGACCGACUUAAAAAGGUUAGAGUAUUGUGUUGGGUUAUGACUAGUCCAAAGACGCUGUAUGCUAAAGGUAGACCUGUUAAAGAAACUUGGGGCAAAAGAUGUGAUAAGCUUUUGUUUAUGAGUUCAAAGGAGGAUAAAAGUUUUCCUGCUGUUGGACUGGACGUCCCUGAAGGGCAUGAAAAACUCUGGCACAAGACUCGAGCAGCUUGGCAGUACAUCUACGACCAUCAUCUGAAUGACGCCGAGUGGUUUCUGAAAGCUGAUGAUGACACUUAUAUUAUUGUUGAGAAUUUGAAAUUUUUUUGUUCAAAAUAUAACCCAGAGAAACCAUAUUUUUUUGGAAGGCACUUCAAAACCUUUGGGGGAUAUAAUAGUGGUGGAGCUGGGUAUGUCUUUAGUAAAGAAACUCUGAGGAGGUUUGGAAAACUCCUCAAAGAUCCAAGUCUUUGUUCUUUGCAAAGUUUUGCUGAAGAUGUAGAAGUAGGGAAGUGCUUAGCUAAUGCCGGAGUCCACCCAGGGGAUACCAGAGAUUCCAGACAGAGAGAAACAUUUCAUCCUUUCCCACCAGAGCACCACCUUAUAUCUGGUUAUGUACCAAAGGAUAGUUGGUUAUAUCAGUACAAUAAUCACCCAGUCAUAGAUGGACCAGAUUGUUGUGCAGAUCACUCUAUCGCUUUUCAUUACAUCUCUCCGAACAUGAUGUAUCAGAUGGAGUAUUUUGUGUAUCACUUGAGACCGUACGGAUUGGAACAUCAUGAUGACUAAUCUGAGGGAAUUUCCACAAUCAUAAGCUUUAUUUGGAUAAAUCUCGAUCGUACAGCUUAAAAACGCUUGAGGAAAAAAAUCACGGGAAAAUAACCACUUGAAAGGUACUUAAUGAGCUUUUAUUAGGUAUUUUUAGAUUAAGUAGAAAAGAAAAGGAAUUACCAUAGAUAGAAAAAUCAUUUGAAAAGUCGCAAAAAUAUGAGUUUUGUAAAGCGUGAAGAAAGAGAUGCCUCCAACGAAUGUUUUCAAAUAUAAUUUCGAUUUUUGAAAAUUAAUAUCUAAGAAAUUUGUAAUGAUUUCCUUCAAACUUUAUUCUUUUGCUCUUGAGAAAAGCCUCAUUAUUCAAAUUUCAAAAUGAACAAGCACUGACAUGACAAGUCCAGAAGGUGCGUAACACGUCAAUCAAAUAUUUUGACAUGGCUUUAUUUAUUUCCUUGAUCCCCACGAAGUAUUACCUCAGGAGUUCCUGUACUAAGUGUUGAAAGUUCCUUACGAAAAAUUAAAGAAUUGAUCGUUUUUGCAACAAUUGAACGCAACGUCGCUUGGUAUCUCCUCCAGAAAAUGAAGUUUAUUUGUGUAAUGGCGAUAUUGAUAGCAUUCGCCACGAAAGAGAUAAAUGGCAGACUGAGCGUUUCAAUUUUGGUGGCAUCCCCCAGCAUCAAUGCUUCGACUCAGUCAACAUCAGUUACUAUAUCAAAUACAUCAACAACUGCUUCUGCGAAGGGAUUGACACAAAGCACUGUUAUCUACCAAACCUCUACCAUCAACAUAAUGCCAACGCCAACCCUGACCAUAACUUCAACAUCAGUAUCUUCAAAUAACAACACCCACGGCCCAGCAUCAUCAAUUGAUGACUUGGAAGAGAAAAUCACAAUGUAUCUAUUGAUAGCCUGUGUUUCCUUGUUUGUUAUCAUCAUCAUCAUCCUCAUCAUAUUGGUUGUUCAGAUGAAACGCCUAACUAACAAACUUAGGAGAUAGAUUUAGGGUAUUCAAGAAAAUCUUACCAGAUUUCAUGACUAUACGGCUAGUGAAAUCUACACAUCUACACAUGAAAUCAAACUUAUAAAGUAGAAGAUGAAAA